UCUGCCUGUGCUGCCCUCAACGUUUCCUCGGUUCGGGCGUCGCUUCGCUUUCCGUCUCUCGAGUCUCCCACCGCUGCUCGGGCCUCCGGACCUGGCAGGAGACGGCCACUCGGCUCUGACUCGGCGCCCCAGCCUGGCUGCGGACGCCCCGGACCGCCGCACCCUCUCUGCCUCCUUGUGGUGCGUUGUCGGUCUCCCGGGUUCGCGAGGUGAGACUGCCUCCGGGUUGUUUCGUCUCCGGGACUGGACCAGAUCUGUUGAAAAGCACUCAAGAUUAUAAAAUUUAGAUGACCAAAAUGGAUAUCCGAGGUGCUGUGGAUGCUGCUGUCCCAACCAAUAUUAUUGCUGCCAAGGCUGCAGAAGUUCGUGCAAAUAAAGUGAACUGGCAGUCUUAUCUUCAGGGGCAGAUGAUUUCUGCUGAAGAUUGUGAAUUUAUUCAAAGGUUUGAAAUGAAAAGAAGUCCUGAAGAGAAGCAAGAGAUGCUUCAAACUGAAGGCAGCCAGGUGAUUGACAUAAACAUUAUUCACGAACACUUCCCUGUUUGCAACCUGAGUUCCUCCAUCAGUGAAGUAAUGGUGGUCUACCUGAAUUUUGAGUUCUUUGAUAAAGUCAUUAUCAUAACUGUUUCAAUUGUUAUUCUAAACAAUAAUGGCUCUUUACUUAAGGAGAUUGAAAAUCACCAGCGUGUUAGCAUUUUCUUUGACUAUGCGAAACGUAGCAAGAAUACUGCGUGGCCUUAUUUUCUGCCAAUGUUGAAUCGCCAGGAUCCUUUUACUGUUCAUAUGGCAGCAAGAAUUAUUGCCAAGUUAGCAGCUUGGGGAAAAGAAUUGAUGGAAGGCAGUGACUUAAAUUACUAUUUCAAUUGGAUAAAAACUCAGCUGAGUUCACAGAAACUGCGUGGUAGCGGUGUUGCUGUUGAAACAGGAACAGUCUCUUCAAGUGAUAGUUCUCAAUACGUGCAAUGUGUUGCUGGGUGUCUGCAGCUGAUGCUCCGGGUCAAUGAGUACCGCUUUGCCUGGGUGGAAGCAGAUGGGGUAAACUGCAUAAUGGGAGUUUUGAGUAACAAGUGUGGCUUUCAACUCCAGUAUCAAAUGAUUUUUUCAAUAUGGCUCCUGGCAUUCAGUCCUCAAAUGUGUGAACAUCUGCGGCGCUAUAAUAUCAUUCCUGUUCUGUCUGAUAUCCUUCAAGAAUCUGUCAAAGAGAAAGUAACAAGAAUCAUUCUUGCAGCAUUUCAUAACUUUUUAGAAAAGUCAACUGAAAGAGAAACUCGCCAAGAAUAUGCUCUGGCCAUGAUUCAGUGCAAAGUUCUGAAGCAGUUGGAGAACUUGGAACAGCAGAAGUACGAUGACGAAGAUAUCAGUGAAGAUAUUAAAUUUCUUUUGGAAAAACUUGGUGAGAGUGUCCAGGACCUUAGUUCAUUUGAUGAAUACAGUUCAGAACUUAAAUCUGGAAGGCUGGAGUGGAGUCCUGUGCACAAAUCUGAAAAAUUUUGGAGAGAGAAUGCUGUGAGGUUAAAUGAGAAGAAUUAUGAACUUUUGAAAAUCUUGACAAAACUUUUGGAAGUGUCAGAUGAUCCACAAGUCUUAGCUGUUGCUGCUCAUGAUGUUGGAGAAUAUGUGCGGCAUUAUCCACGAGGCAAACGGGUCAUCGAGCAGCUCGGUGGGAAGCAGCUGGUAAUGAACCACAUGCAUCAUGAAGACCAGCAGGUCCGGUAUAACGCUCUGCUGGCCGUGCAGAAGCUCAUGGUGCACAACUGGGAAUACCUGGGCAAGCAGCUCCAGUCCGAGCAGCCCCAGACUGCAGCCGCCCGCAGCUGAGCGGCCCUCCAGCCUCCCCUCCUGCCGCCGAGGGACCGGGGGUGGCAGCCCGUGUCUAGGGCCAAGAUGAAAUACUCUCUGAUUUUACUUACAAUUUCCUCCUGUUAUGUAGCUUUUCCCGAUGUUAAUUUCUGAAAACAAUGUUUGCCAGUUAAGUUGUGUAAAAAAGGUGUAUCCAAGGAAAAUAUUACUGUUACGUAUACUGCUUGCAAUUUCUGUAUUUAUUGUUCUCUGGAAAUGAAUAUAGUUAUUAAAGGAUUCUC